AUGCAAGCUAUGAAUGAUAAGGUUGUAAAUGACCAACCUUGUGAAAUGGCUUUUGAGCAUUACUUUACUGUUCUUUUUGGCCAUGAAGGGCAGAAGCCACUGGAGCUCCGUUGUGAGGAUGAAGUUGAUGGAGAUGAAUGGGUAGAAGCUAUUCACCAAGCUAGUUACUCAGAUAUUCUGAUUGAAAGGGAGGUGUUAAUGCAGAAGUACAUUCAUCUUGUCCAGAUUGUAGAGACUGAAAAGAUCGCAGCCAAUCAGCUUCGACAUCAGCUUGAAGAUCAAGACACAGAAAUUGAAAGACUUAAAUCUGAGAUUAUAGCUCUCAAUAAAACAAAAGAAAGAAUGCGACCUUAUCAAGGCAACCAGGAAGAUGAGGAUCCAGAUAUUAAAAAAAUUAAAAAGGUCCAGAGCUUUAUGCGGGGCUGGUUAUGUAGAAGAAAAUGGAAGACUAUUGUCCAAGAUUAUAUUUGUUCUCCCCAUGCAGAAAGUAUGAGAAAAAGGAAUCAGAUAGUUUUUAACAUGGUGGAGGCCGAAUCUGAAUAUGUGCAUCAGCUUUAUGUGCUUGUCAACUGUUUUCUGCGGCCCUUAAGGAUGGCUGCAAGUUCAAAGAAGCCACCUAUCAGUCACGAUGAUGUUAGUAGCAUUUUCCUCAACAGUGAAACAAUCAUGUUUCUUCAUGAGAUAUUUCACCAGGGCUUAAAAGCAAGAAUAGCUAAUUGGCCUACCUUAAUCCUAGCUGACUUAUUUGACAUUCUGCUGCCAAUGCUGAACAUAUAUCAAGAAUUUGUUCGGAAUCAUCAAUAUAGUCUACAAGUACUGGCAAACUGUAAGCAAAACAGAGAUUUUGACAAACUCUUGAAGCAAUAUGAAGCCAACCCAGCAUGUGAGGGGCGAAUGCUGGAAACUUUCCUUACUUACCCCAUGUUUCAGAUUCCUAGAUAUAUUAUUACACUUCAUGAACUUCUGGCUCACACGCCACAUGAACAUGUUGAGCGAAAAAGCCUCGAAUUUGCUAAAUCUAAACUAGAAGAACUUUCAAGGGUGAUGCAUGAUGAAGUGAGUGACACAGAAAACAUCCGGAAGAAUCUAGCCAUAGAAAGGACAAUAGUAGAAGGCUGUGAUAUAUUACUAGAUACCAGCCAAACUUUUAUACGCCAAGGCUCCCUUAUUCAAGUUCCUUCAGUUGAGAGGGGAAAACUUAGUAAAGUUCGUCUGGGAUCAUUAUCUUUGAAGAAAGAAGGAGAAAGGCAGUGCUUCUUAUUUACAAAACAUUUUUUAAUUUGUACAAGAAGUUCAGGAGGAAAACUGCAUCUUCUCAAGACAGGAGGUGUUCUGUCUUUAAUAGAGUGCACACUGGUUGAGGAGACAGAUGCGAGUGAUGAUGACUCAAAAGGUUCUGGACAAGUGUUUGGACAUCUGGAUUUCAAGCUUGUAGUUGAACCUACGGAUGCUCCUCCUUUUACUGUUGUCCUUUUAGCCCCAUCACGACAGGAGAAAGCUGCAUGGACAAGUGAUAUAAGUCAG